UAUGCUUUAGUUUUUACGCUGCUGAGUUAUUUAAUUUUUGAUUAUGUUGUGUUGUGCUCCUAAUGUCACAUGCAUAUCUAUAUUUCUUUUUGAAUUGCUGAUAGUGUCUUAAUAUAUUGUAAUAAUUGUUGCAAAAGAUGGCUAAGGAUGGGAAAGUAGUUUUCAAGCCUGGGGAAUUGGCCCUUGAGACGAGAAACUACUUAGAAAAAAGAAAGAAGUUAAUUGAAGAGAACUGUGCAAAGAUUGAAGCUCUGGGGUGUAAGCAAUUGGCAAAUCCGUUUUUAAAGAAAAGUACAACUGCUGGAAAGAGAAGACACAAGAUGGAUUGUGUUGUUAAUGAUGACGUGGAUUGGCAACCGGCAGAUGGUGAGGAUGGGAGUAGUUCUUGCUUCGAAGAUGAUGAAUGUUCCUUGGAAGAUGAAGAAUGUUCUGAGGGUCGAUUGAGUAAGGUGGCUACUACAAGAAAGCGUGUACAAUUGUCAGCUGGACCAAUGAGUGCUAUAUUGCAGCCUUUGUCUACCAUUAAUCAAGACCAACAUGGAAAUCAGCAAGUACAGUUGCAGGAGCAGCCACAACCACAGGUGCAAGCAAAGCGAGUGCGAUAUCAGGCUGCACCCAUGAGUGCUACAUUGCAGCCUUCGCCUACCAUUAGUCAAGACCAGCAUGAAAAUCAGUCAGCACAAUUGCAAUUGCAGGCACAGCCGCAAGUGCAAGCAAAGCGAGUGCGAUGUCGGGCUGCACCUAUGAGUACUAUAUUACAGCCUUUGCCUACCAUUAGUCAAGACCAGCAUGGAAAUCAACUACCUCCAAACUAUCAUGAGUUUCAGUCACCAUCUGAUGAAGUGGCAGGUCACGUAAAUGAGAGAGCCGUGGAGCUUGAAUCACAUCAACAAUCCAUGAGCAGUCACACUACUUCAAACUUGCAGUCGCUGGAACAAUGCAAUGAAGGGUCAAGAACUUCUGUUGGAGCAGAUCCCAACUCGCAACAACAGAGAGCCAAGGGGAGAGGCUUUGCUCGUCCAUAUGUUGGUUGGGGUACAGGAGCGAAGUUAGAAGUUAAAUUGAAUAAAGAUAACCAACCGAUAGGUAACACGGCAGGUCCCUUACAAAGUCAACUUGGCAUCUUAGCAAGAAAUGCAACUUUAGCACCCUUAACUUUUACUGAUUGGAGGGCUCCGGAGCUAUAUCCAUACAAGGAACGCAUAUGGGCAGAGGUUAAGGAAAAUACAACCGCACCAGAUGCUUAUAAGCAUAAUUGUCUGAUGUCCGUUGGAAAGAAAUGGAAGGAUUGGAAAGAUGAGCUGAAAAGAAGUACUUAUAACUUAUAUGAUAAUGAUGAAGACCGUUUGGCGAAUUGUCCGAAUAGGGUCGAUCCUGAUCAAUGGAGAGUUCUUGUGAAAUUUUGGGGCACUAAAACAGCCAAGAGACGCAGUAAAACCAACUAUAAAAGCAGACACGAACAGAAAAUGGGACACACGAGUGGGAGGAAGGGCCAUUGUCAUGUAAGGGAUGAGUUGACACAGAUUAAGGAUGGAGUAGUUGUAGAGCCCGAUCGUAUACAGGUAUUUAUUAAGACUCAUACGAAGAAAGAUGGACAACCAGUUGAUGAAGUAUCAGCUUUGGCCAUACGUCUUCUUAAUGAGGGAGCCUCUCAGAUUCCUGAGUCCUCAGAGUCACCUGCUUUACGGGAGGAGUUAUUCACUAACGUACUAAAACCAGAUAAGAAUGGACGUGUGCGUACGUAUGGCAUGGGUCCUUGUCCGAGUCAAGUGUUUGGGACCAGAUAUACACAAUCUCAUGAGCAGCGUGUCAAGGAUCAGUUGCGUAAGGAGUUGCGUGUUGAGUUGGGUGCAGAGUUGCGUGCUAAGUUGGGUGCUGAGUUGCGUGCAGAGUUGGGACAAGAGGUGCUAAAAGACGUAAGUAAUGAAAUCACUCAAUUGAAGAACCAAUAUGCAACCAUGGCAGCUUGUAUGAAAAGUGCAGGACACCUUUUGCCUCCAUCACCAAAUGGAGCUGGAAAUGGGGAUGGAGACCACACACCGUCACUAAUGGAGCACAAUGGACAGGUUGAUAGGACGUAGACGGACAUGGAAGACAUGCAAUAGGAAUGACAAGAAAUCUUCUAGAUAAUGAAAACUGUUUUUGUUCUUUUUGUUUUGGAGUUCGCAACCAAAAGCAUAUUUUGGGUCUUUGUGUUGCUUUGGUUAGUAUGAUCUUCUGUUUUUGGAGAUACACAUGUAAUUGAAACUUAUAUUUUGAAACUUUGGGUUUGAUUUUCACAUUGGCAUUCUAUGCCUAGCAUUGUUAUUUUUUGUUGCUUUGAGAUUGUCUUUUAUGAUGUCCAAUUUGCUUAUAUACGGAAUUUGCAUUUUGGUUUUGGCAGUGGAACUUCAAAUUGUUUUGGACAGUUAUAAUUUUGUAUACAGGAAAUGUGUUAUCAAA